GUGAGGUGCUGGGAUGGGGGGGUGCCAGGACAGCAUCUCAGCCUAGCAAGGGUAGUCAUUCUCCUAGCCUUUAAGCAUGGCUCCCCCGCUGGGAGUGAGGGCAGGUGGGGGUGUGGGCUGUGCGAAGGGGGUGGCAGAGAAAGGAGGUGGGGACUUUUGAGUCAUUAGGUGCUCUUCAACACACCCCCAGUCCCUGCCAGUUACCCCUCCCUGGGAAGAUCUGGAUGAACGGAUGUGGGAGUUGGGAGGGGGUGUAGGCAAAGUCUAUGGGGAACGUCCUAACCCAGGCCUCCUGGGCUCCCCUGAGCCCUCCCAGCCUUGGCAAACCCCAUGAGCCCAGACCUUAGCCAGGCUGUGUCCAGCUGCUUGGGGCUGGCUGCCCCUGCCUCCAGAAUGUCAGUCCUCUUCUGGUCCCAGCCUGUGGCAGCCCUCUUAGGAGGGAUCUGAGUGUGGGCAGAAGUAGGUGCUGACUCCAGGCCCUGGGACCCCACGGUUUCCCUUCUGUACUCAUGUCCCAUCCCUGAUUUGGGCUUGACUUUCUCUAAAAUGGAUCAGCAAACUGGCCUGCUGGCCAGAUUGGCCUGUUUGGCCCUUGAGCUAAUAAUUUUUAAAGAAUUGUAAAAAUAAAAACAAAUAACAAUAUAUGACAGAGAUCAUAAGGGGCCUGCAAAGAAAGCCUAAAGUAUUUACCAUCUGGCCCUUUGCAUAAAAAGUUUGCUGACCCUUCCAAAAGACCCUAGAACAUUGGGGUAGACGCGGAACUCCCAGCCACCCUGCUGCCUGCCCCAAUAGUACAGAGAGGGGAAAGCCCUGCUGUUCACAGUGAGAGGGGCUCGAGCUGGAGUGGGGAGGUGCUGCUCAGCAUUUGGGAGAAUAUCUGGGUCAGGCUGGGAGCGGAGAAGCCUGGUCUCCAGGGCCUUUCCGAGGCUGAGCUACUUGAAGGGGCCUUUGGAGGCUGCUUUAACUGUGUCUCUGGCUGGGCGGGAAGGAAGGGGGUGGGAGUGGGCAGAGGAAACUCUGGGCUCCCCCAGCAGGCGAGGAUCUGGAGCAGCUCCAGACCAUUGUGUCCAGCGGGCAGGCCUUCAGUGCGGGAAGGGGUGGCCUCGAGGCUCCCCUCCCCCAGCCCCCACAUCUGGUGGGCUGGCCCCAGCAUAGCUGGGAGGAGCAGCUGUGGUCUUGCUGAGCCUCGUGACUGGCCUCUGGGGGUGGGGCCAGUCCUCUCUCCAAAGCUGUGGAACAGAGGAGGCUCCAGGCUGUGGCGGAAUUUGGGGCCUUAGCUAGUCAGAAAGUGCUGACGUUGGAGAAGGAGGAUAACCAGACCUUCGGCUUUGAGAUCCAGACUUAUGGCCUUCACCACCGGGAGGAGCAGCGUGUGGAAAUGGUGACCUUUGUCUGCCGAGUUCAUGAGUCUAGCCCUGCCCAGCUGGCUGGGCUCACACCAGGGGACACCAUCGCCAGCGUCAAUGGCCUGAAUGUGGAAGGCAUCCGGCAUCGAGAGAUUGUGGACAUCAUUAAGGCAUCAGGCAAUGUUCUCAGACUGGAAACUCUAUAUGGGACAUCAAUUCGGAAGGCAGAACUGGAGGCUCGUCUGCAGUACCUGAAGCAAACCCUGUAUGAGAAGUGGGGAGAGUACAGGUCCCUAAUGGUGCAGGAGCAGCGGCUGGUGCAUGGCCUGGUGGUGAAGGACCCCAGCAUCUACGACACGCUGGAGUCGGUGCGCUCCUGCCUCUACGGCGCGGGCCUGCUCCCGGGCUCGCUGCCCUUCGGGCCUCUGCUCGCCGUGCCCGGGCGUCCCCGCGGAGGCGCCCGACGGGCCAGGGGCGACGCCGACGACGCCGUCUACCACACGUGCUUCUUCGGGGACUCCGAGCCGCCGGCGCUGCCGCCCCCGCCGCCCCCGGCCCGCGCCUUGGGCCCGGGCCCCGCCCAGACCCCUCCAGUGGGGCCGGGCCCUGGGCCGCGGGCCGCGCUGAGCCGCAGCGCCAGUGUGCGGUGCGCGGGCCCUGGCGGGGGUGGAGGCGGGGGCGCGCCGGGCGCGCUCUGGACUGAGGCUCGCGAGCAGGCCCUAUGCGGCCCCGGCCUGCGCAAAACCAAGUACCGCAGCUUCCGCCGGCGGCUGCUCAAGUUCAUCCCCGGACUCAACCGCUCCCUGGAGGAGGAGGAGAGCCAGCUGUAGGGGCGGGGGCGGGCAGGGAGGUAUUUAUUUAUUUAUUCGCAACAGCCAGCGCUAAAAGAGGGGGAGGCCGAGCCAAGAGGACCCAAGGAGCCCAGAGCAGCGGGAGAGGGUCCUUGCUAGCCUCGGCCCGCCGGGUCGGUUCCUGGCUGGUGUCUGCUGAGGGAGUGGGGGGCCCAGCCCCUUCUCUUCUCCCCCGCCAAACCACAGUGGGAGCUGGGGCAGAGGGAGAGCCAGGCAAUCGGGGGCCAAAGAUGGGGGUGCUCGCCUACAGUCUGCAUCUGUAGUGCCUUGUGGGGUGUCCAGGAACACCCUCCCAGCAGGGGAUGGGAACCCUGUCCCUUGAAGCCCUCUUCUCAGCUUUACUUGCUCCCCCGCCCUUAGCCUUGGGGAGAAAUGGCCCGUGGUGGGCUGACCCCCCACCCUCCACACACACAGUUCCCUGACCCAGCGGGCCCCCAGGGGCAUCAGGUGCUGGUCCUCCUCCCUCCCGGCCUUGACCCCUAAGGGCUUCGCCCCUCCCAGGGGCCUGUAACUAAGUCGGGUCCUGCCAGGCAGGGGGCCUGUGUUCUGUGCCCCUUGGGAGACAGGAACUGGCAAGUUCAGGUGGGGUGGGGACAGCACAGACUGUUCCACCGUUCUGCAUAUUGUUGCUUCUGAACCACAAACUGUAUAAAAUGGAUGGUUUUUUGCA